AUGGCCCAUCAUAAUCAAAGCGAUAUUCCAUCUAUAAUCAUAGAUUCGUCGUACCAUAACACACUAUACAAGGCAUCUUUAACCACACUAGGAAUUACUUGCGCUAGUUGCGUCUCAACAAUUGAAAGAACUGUCAAAUCACUCCCAUCCGUUAUUGCCGAAUCUGUCGUCGUCAAUUUACUUACUGGAGACACACGCUUCAAUUUUACCGAUCCAUCGCUCACUCCAACGGCUGUUAUUGAUGCUAUCAAUAAUGUUGGGUAUGAAGUUGAUUCGGUCAUUAUUCAGCCUCAGAACCUUGAAUACAAGUCAGCAACCAACGCUACCAGGACUACUACGCAGAUAUCAGACGUUGGUAACACUGAAUUGCCUCCAACUACAACUCGAUUGUCUAUUAUCGGCAUGUCAUGUGCUUCCUGUGUCAAUAGCGUACAAGACACUCUACGAAAAUUACCAGGAGUGCUAUCGGUUAAUGUCAAUCUCUUGCUUAAUGAAGCAUCGGUAGAGCAUCUGUCACGUGUUACAGGACCCCGAGAUCUAAUAGAUGCAGUCAAAAAUGUUGGAUACGAUGCCAAACUAAUGCUGACCCAAUCAAAUAGAAAUCUAGUACGAGAGCGAGUAAUAAAACAACAACGGUUGCUUCAAAGGAGGUUUCUUUUUUCUCUUGCUGCCGCCAUUCCUACCUUUCUUAUAGCAAUGGUUAUAAUGCUAUGGUUACCACACGACAAUCCAGUCAGAAUGAGGCUACACGCUCAAAUUACACCCGGAUUAGACAUUGCUACUCUAGUUUUAUUUACGCUGGCUACCCCUGUGCAAUUCUAUCUUGGAGCUCCAUUUUACAUCAAAGCAUAUAAAUCACUGCGUUAUACACACGUGGCCAACAUGGAAACACUUGUUGCAAUUGGGACAUCUGUUGCCUAUUUUGGGUCAAUCGCCAACGUUAUGUUGGCGAUUGCAGACGAAAGUGACUCGGAUGGAAUGCAAUUUUUCGAGACUUCUGUAUUUCUAAUUACUUUUAUAUGGCUUGGCAAGUGGAUGGAAGCAAUGGCGAAAGAAAAGACGUUGGACAGUAUUACUAAGUUAAUGGAAUUGCAACCGGACAAGGCAAUUCUAGUAAAAGAGAAUAAAAUUAACAGUGACGAAGAGAUUGAGGAAGAAGUUGAUCUAGCGUUAAUACAAGUUGGCGAUAUUCUCAAAGUCAACGCUGGAGCAAAGUUUCCCUGCGAUGGAGCAAUAAUCCGCGGCCUUACCACGAUUGAUGAAUCAAUGCUCACCGGUGAACCAAUACCAGUCGCUAAAUCCAAGGGAGACCAGGUAAUGUCAGCCACGGUCAACCUUACCUCGCCUACUUGGAUUAGAGUAACACACGUUGGAUCGGAUACUACUCUCUUUAGAAUAAUAAGUCUGGUGCACGAAGCACAAGCAUCAAAAAAGGCACCGAUUGAAGUAUUAGCUGAUAAGAUAUCACAGUACUUUGUUCCAGCGGUAAUAUUGAUAUCUUUAAUCGACUUUGCGAUAUGGAUAAUCCUUGGAGCUGCCAACGCAGUUCCCAAGGGAUGGAUACCAGAGAAUCAGAGUUAUCCAGUGUUUGCACUAUUUUUUGCUAUUUCAGUCUUAGUCAUUGCCUGUCCAUGCGCAAUGGGAUUAGCUUCUCCAACGGCUAUCAUGGUUGGUACAGGAGUCGCAGCUAGACUGGGAAUAUUAAUCAAGGGAGGUGGAGAAGCAGUACAAAUAGCCAGUCGCAUUAGUACUAUUGCAUUCGACAAGACGGGUACUCUCACAUAUGGUACGCCAAAGGUUGUCGAUUAUGAACUUUAUGAUGCUAAAAAUGACGAGUUGACUGAAAAGGAUAGACAGCAAAGAGAGGAAUUGCUACUACGAAUACUUGGAUCUGUCGAGUCGGCAAGUGAUCAUCCACUCGCACGCGCAGUGUCACAAUAUAUACUUGCCAAAUUGCAACCAGAUUUUCAGCAAGCAGAUGCUGAAGAGUGUCAGUCAUUCAUGUCGUUCAAUGGGUCGACUAGUAUUACGCUCGACGCGGCAACAGAAGUACCCGGUAAGGGAUUGCACGCUACAGUCACCAUCUCGUCACCGCCAUCAUCAACACUUUUACCAUACAACGUGUCAUCAGCACGCCCUCGAUUCACCAUUUACAUUGGUAAUUACGACUGGAUUGAUUCUCUUGGCUUUGAUUACCCACCCAACCUUUCCAAACAAAAAGCACAAUCUGCACUCACCAAAUGGCGUCAACAGGGACAAUCAGUUGUUGUAGCAGCCAUUGCCAUGGACACGAAUGCAGAUGAUAAGACAACCGCAAACAAUUCUCGGUUUAUUGUCGCUCAAUUUGGAAUAGCUGACGUUGUUCGCCCCGACUCGGCUAAAACCAUUAGCGUGCUAAAGGGUAUGGGAAUAGACGUAUGGAUGAUUACUGGAGAUCAUCCCAUUGCGGCUAGAGAGAUAGCUAGACAAGUGGGUAUCGAUAAUGUCCUUGCUCAAGUAACACCUGAAAACAAAGCAGAAAAGAUCAAAUGGCUACAGCGGCGGCGAGAAGAUUGCACGUUGAUCAAAAACAGACAAGAGUCUGAAAAGUCAGAGAAACAUAAUGCUUAUCCAGAAGAGAAAUCCACUGCAUCUGUCAAGCACAAUCGACCAGUCGUGGCUAUGGUCGGAGAUGGGAUAAACGAUGCACCCGCUUUGGCUCAGGCUGAUCUAGGGAUAUCGAUUGCAUCUGGCACCGACAUUGCGAUCGAGUCUUCAUCAAUUAUACUCACGCGAUCUACUCUUGCGUCGCUGAUUACAAUGAUACAGCUAUCACGAGCAAUAAUUAAAAGAAUAAGAAUUAACUUUAUAUGGGCUUUUCUGUAUAAUAUUCUGGCUAUUCCAAUAGCUGCUGGAGUAUUUUUCCCCGUAUUUAAAAAGGGGUUGCCACCUGAAUUGGCUGGAUUAGCUAUGGUUUGUAGUUCGAUUAGUGUUGUACUGAGUAGUCUAUUAUUGAAAAGGUUCAAAGAAUAA